AUGCCACCUGAGCAAGUCGUCAACCGACCCGGAAAAAAGGUUGUAAAAAAUAUUUUACAACGUGUAUGUAGUUCGUGCGUGCCGGAAUGCAGUGUUUGUUGUGAGGAAUAUACAUUAAUUCAACAAAUUUCACCUGUCUGUGGCCACGAUGACCUUUGUCCUCGUUGUAUCAAACGGCAUAUCGAAACAGAGAUGAACAAUAAAGAAGAUGUUAAAGUGCGUUGUCCAAAACCGCACUGCACGUAUGAGUUAACUUACAAUGAUUUGAAAAGAUUAACAUCAAAAGAGUUAUUUGAUAGAUAUGAUAAUCUAUUAUUGCGCGCUGAAAUUCGUGGCAUUUCCAAUCUUCGUUGGUGUAAGGCCCCAGAUUGUGACUUUGCACAAGAACAUACAACAGGAGAUAUAAUGCCUAUUAUUACUUGCAAAGCUUGUGGCCAAAAAUCAUGUUUCACUCAUGACGUUCCUUGGCAUGAUGGUUUAACCUGCGAAGAAUUUACUGAGCAGUUGCGAUUAAAGAAUCAAGAAGAAAAUGAUGCAAAUCGUGCCUAUUUUGAACUUCAUACAAAAUCAUGCCCGCGAUGCAAAAAACCCAUUGAGAAAAAUAAUGGAUGCGACCACAUGACCUGUCGUUGUGGAUAUGAAUUUUGUUGGUCAUGUCUUAGUGACUAUGAAAAAAUCCGCAAUCGUGGUAAUCAUUAUCAUGCGCCGACUUGUAAACAUUAUGCUGCAUAUGAUUCGGAUGACGAAUACGACGAAGAGGUAACACAAUCGAGAAUAGGAUCACCAGAAUUUUUCAAACCAAAAUUUACGCGGCGCAAUUAUUGGCAAGGUUGUGAAUUGACAAUCCAACG